AUGCUCCCGAGACUGCAUAUCAAGUUCCCCAUCCGACAAGCCGAAACAAGCCCUGCAAGUCACAAAAUCACGCAAAGCGCCACGCAGAGGGAAGCAAUCGGAAGCUUUGCGCAAGACCAACUAUUCGCUCUUCGGGUCUCAUCCGUUGCGGUUGGAUCAUUGAGCUUGCUCUCAACAAUGGUGGCAGUCGCCUUUUUUCUGUUGAUGCAACGCAGUUUCCGACACGAUCUUAUCCUUUUGUUGAUUUUGAGUGAUACGCUUAAAACGCUAUGGCUCGUCAUCCCGCAGGCGAUGGAACUCGCGCACGGCAACGUCUCCUCUACCUCUACCAUCUGUCAAAUCAGCGGCUUCUUCCUGUCUGUUGGCAUUGAAGCCUGCGAUCUGGCAGUCCUGUUGAUGGCUGCGCAUACUGCGCUAUACAUACUUCGAGGUCGCAGCGGACUGUACCCGUAUCGGUAUCUGGCCUACAUUUUGGUCGCAGCUGUCUCGCUGAUGCUUGCGUCACUGGCAUUUAUCAACCAGCCCGCCUUUUUCAAUUCCGGACCGUAUUGCUAUCUGCCACAUCAGCCAGGAUGGACCAGCAGAGCUCUGAGCUGGAUUCCGCGAUAUGUAAUCAUUGCAGCAAUCAUGCUGACCUACACCUUCAUCUACGUUUAUGUCACGUGUGUCCUGAAAAAUUUCGAGAAAGGAGAUGACCUGGGUGCCACCAACUCCUCCUAUAGUAUAUCACGGCCUCCUCCCGCCAACGCCUUCAUCUGA